UUUUAACUCUGUGAGAGCCGGCUUAUAUGUGCUCAGUUAUGGCUCUGAAGAAAAUAAAUGGGUGCUGCGCAGUUAUCAUAAUAGAGGAAAUGAUAGUUUUGAUAAUGCUAUUACUAUGCUCAGUAGCUGAGUUGUAUAAGCAAGAUGAGGACUGUACCAUGAGCUCUUCCCCACGGAAAUUAUUAGAGCAAUGCUUGUGCCACACUGAGGAAGCAGGUAGGCAGCCUGGGGAUAUGUGCCCGGCCUGUCCCAAUAACAGAACUCUUAGAAAACCCUGCUCUCAGGUGCGCAGGCACCUUCCUGUCUUCCUAUAAUCAAAUGGGGCGGUUUAGCUGCUUUCCACAAGUAUGAGCCCCAUGUCCUCUUACCCGGAUACCUGCAUGGCUUUGCGCUAAAAAAGCAAUAUGUGCCCUUGGGGCGAGGGGCGCUGAAGGUCCGUGCUGGGGUCGCACUAUUUGGAUAAAUAUGGUGAUCAUGAGGUAUAGUGGGAAACACUUGAGGGGCUAUCGCUUAUCACAGAGGGUGCAUGAUUGCCAGGGGACCCGAAAAUUGAAUAUUUGUAUUUUUUUCAGUUUAGUACAGGGGACCCCAAUAGCAAAAGUGAAUUUGUGAUGAUGGACUCCAGUGUGUAAGCGCUCGGGGUAGGACUGGGAGUGCGCUCAGUGUUUGUGAUUAGGAGCAGCGUGACCUCCUUUGCUGACGUGUGUAGUGACGAGCAUGGAAUAUAGUGGAGGGCUUGGGAGGGAUACGUGUGCAUUUGGCUGCUGCUGCGGUUGCUUCUGGAUACUCCGGGCUUGGUAUACUGCGGGACUACCGGGAGAUCGGGCGAUCCUUGUGGUUGGAUCUAUAGCAGACGGAAAUCGCUGGUACCAUUCCAAAGUGAUUUAUGGAUUAUAAAAUAGAACAGGGGUCCGUGUUGGAUGCUUGGGCACUGCCUGUACUAAACCAUUAAUGGUUGGUGGAGAUGGGUGCUUUCUACAGGAGGAAUAAAUAUUCUUAUUGAUCACAGAAGAGAUUUUUUCAUUGUGCAUACCCUGGAGCUAAGAUGAUGGGAAUACUUUGGGGAUGGUUGUAGAAACGUGCUGGCAAUGUUCUACAUGAAAAGGAAAGUUGUGCCACCAGCUACUCACACUGCAUGAACAGGGAGACUUUGCUUUAUGAUGAUCUAGAAGAAAACAAGCUUAAUUUGGAUAAUGGAGAACAUGAUGCCUGUUAUACUGUGCAAUCAAGAUACACCCCAUACAUCAGUGGAAAAAUCUAACAGUCCAGUAAAUGGCAGCAAAGAUGUUUAUGGCUCAGAUGAUGGUUCAAGUAUUGAAGAAACAGAUUUUAACUGGGAUGAGUAUCUGGAGGAAUCUGCUUCAAGUGCUGUGCCUCACACAUCUUUUAAACAUGUUGAAAUCAGUCUUCAGAGCAGUUUCCAACCAGGCAUGAAGCUUGAAGUGGCCAAUAAGAGCAAUCCAGACACCUAUUGGGUAGCUACUAUCAUCACCACGUGUGGACAGUUACUACUGCUACGCUAUUGUGGCUACGGAGAAGACCGCAAAGCUGACUUCUGGUGUGAUGUAAUGACAGCAGACCUGCACCCCAUUGGUUGGUGCACACAGAACAAUAAAUUAUUGAUGCCUCCAGACGCGGCAGUAGGGGCCAUUGUGUUCCAGCGGCAGCAACACUUCCAUGUUUCAAAUGCGACAACUGCAAUAAAAGAAGAAUGUACUGACUGGGCAGAGUACUUGAUCCAUGACCUUACAGGCUCAAGAACAGCUCCGGCCAAACUCCUUGAAGGUCCUCUUCGAGGGAAAACCCCAGUAGACCUGAUUACAGCUGAUUCAUUGAUGGAACUCCAGGAUAAUCAGAAUCCCUUCCAGUACUGGACUGUCCACGUGAUUGAGAAUAUUGGAGGAAGAUUGCGGCUGCGCUAUGUGGGUCUAGAAGAGUCUGAUUCCUGGGAUCAGUGGCUAUUUUACUUGGACUACAGACUUAGGCCUGUUGGGUGGUGUCAAGAAAACCAGUUCAGGAUGGACCCACCAACAGAUCUUUGUCCAUUACAGAGCAUAUCAGAAUGGAAAAGUGCCUUGGAAAAAUCUUUGGCAAAAGCAGAAAGAUGUCCUCUUCCUGUAGAAGUUUUUAAGGAUCAUGCUGAUUUAAGGAGCCAUUCUUUGACUUAUGGUAUGAAAGUUGAGGUUGUGGACCCAGAAGAAUAUACUUGUAUACGUCCUGCAACAGUGACUAAGGUGUUCAACAAUCUCUACUUUCAAGUGACCGUGGACGAUCUGAGACCAGAGGCGAAAGGAGUAUCUAUGCUGUGUCAUGCAGAUUCUUUGGCUCUUUUGCCUGUACAGUGGUGCCUUAUAAAUGGAGUCAAUCUCACUCCUCCUAUAGGUUAUCCAGGACAGGACUUUGACUGGGCAGAUUACCAAAAGCAGUGUGGAGCGGAGGCAGCACCUCAUACCUUGUUUAGAAACUCCUCGAGUUCUUGGGGUUUUACAAAAGACAUGAAGCUUGAAGCAGUCAAUCCACGUAAUCCUGCAGAAAUCUGUGUUGCCUCUGUGACCAAAGUUAAAGGGAGGUUGUUAUGGCUCCACCUUGAAGGUUUACAGAAGCCAGUUCCAGAAUACAUUGUUGAUGUAGAAUCCAUGGAUAUUUUUCCUGUUGGCUGGUGUGAAGCAAACUCCUAUCCUCUCAGUACACCACUGAAAGCAGCUGUUAAAAAGAAAAGGAAAGUUGCUGUGGUGCAGCCAGAGAAACAAUUGCCUUCAUCAGUACCCUUGGAGACAAUACCUCAAGAGCCCUCUCCUUUCCCAGAUAACAAUUUAUCAGGAACUGCCAAUGGGAAAUAUUGCUGCCCACAACUUUUUAUCAAUCAUCGCUGCUUUUCAGGACCAUUUUUAAAUAAAGGAAGAAUUGCAGAGCUACCUCAGUCAGUGGGGCCUGGGAAAUGUGUUUUGGUCCUUAAGGAGGUCCUCGGUAUGGUAAUUAAUGCUGCCUACAAACCAGGAAGAGUCUUAAGGGAAUUACAAUUAGUUGAAGAUUCUUUAUGGAAUUUCCAGGAAGAAACACUGAAAGCCAAAUACAAAGGAAAAACAUACAGGGCAACAGUCAAGAUAGUCCGAACUUCAGAUCAAGUACCAGAUUUCUGCCGUAAAAUCUGUUCUAAGCUGGAGUGCUGCCCCAAUUUAUUUAGUCCACUGCUGAUUACUGAUAUGUGCCCUGAGAAUUGUUCUGUCCAUACAAAAACCAAAUAUACAUACUACUACGGAAAGAGAAAAAAAAUUACAAAGCCUUCAGUUGGGGAACAGAGCUUGGAAAGUGUACAAGCAAAACCAACAAGACGAAGAAAGAGACGAAAAUCCAUAUUUGUACAAAAGAAAAGACGAACCUCUACAAUAGACAUCAGCCCAGUGGAGUCAGCAGAGGAAAGUAUAGAAGAUGAGUUAAUGGAUGAUGAAACUGGAAGUGAGGAGACAAGUUCAGAGCUGCGUGACGACCAGACAGACACUUCCUCAGCAGAGGUUCCUUCUGUGCGCCCCCAAAGAGCAGUAACACUGCGAAACCGAAUUGUGUCUGAGAGGGCUCCUCCAGUAGAGAGGUCAAGAAGAGACCGGAAAACACGCUCCUUAUCUAGCAUUGAUGGUGACAAGGACAUAACUAUGAAAGCUGACAUGAAGGAAGAAGAGCACCUUGUUCUGGAAAGUAACCCUUUGCAAUGGACAGUGACAGAUGUUGUCAGAUUCAUCAAAUCCACUGACUGUGCACCUCUUGCAAAAAUCUUUCAAGAUCAGGAUAUUGAUGGCCAAGCUCUUUUGCUGCUAACUCUCCCAACAGUGCAGGAAUGUAUGGAACUGAAACUGGGUCCAGCCAUUAAAUUAUGCCACCAAAUAGAGAGAGUGAAAGUUGCAUUCUACGCACAGUAUGCCAACUGAACAUUCUGUUUAGUCUUUAUGUGCCUAAUAUAUAUUGUUUAGUGUAAAGGUGUAUUGUUAAAAUGCUAAAGCACUGGUCGCUUUAUGUACACAAUUGUAUUUCCAUAUCUGUAAAACUCAUGCACAUAGAGCACUAGCUGCAGAUGUAUGUCAUCAUGGUCUUGAGAUGGAAAGAGAAAAAAAAUCUAUAAGAAGUUUCUUUAGAAAGAAAAACAUGCAUAUCAGGCCUAUUUUUUGUCCAACUUCUGGUAUUAAGGGCAUAUUUCGGCACGUCUGAUAUAUUUGCAAAUCUUGUAUUCUUCUUUCAUAUUGAAAGUGUGUGGUUGUUUUUACUGUUAUCCGUGGCUUAUAUGAAAGCUUUGAUCUCAACGAUGAGCACAUUUUCUACUGUUGAUUCUUGCCAUUCUCUAACAAUAGACAGCAAGGCUGACGCUCUUCAGCACUUUACCCCAGUGGGUAAUGCACUGUUUUAUGGACCCUCCUGCCAGCAAAUACAUAGCUUGUUAGAAUGCAUACUUUGUCAUUUGAUUCCAGCAGUAGCCUCUGGUUACUGACACAAGAUAAAUAAGGAGCAAAAAGCUAGGCAUCCGGGUUUCAUAGGAAAGCAAUGGUAAAUUUAGACAUGCUUUAAAUCAAAUGCUGACAAUUUUAUAAUAAUGUAAUAAUGUGGUUUCUGUGAUACUCGUCAUUGGAAUAAAAAGAUCUCACUGAAAAACCAUCACAGAGGAUAGAAAGCUUGCAGAAAUUAGAUGGGCAAGUCUACUUCAGCUUUUCUCAUGCCACAAAUCACUUGCUGAUGGGCAGAAAAGGCAGUUAGCUGAAAUACACUGCUGUGACACACAAUCCUUUUAUAACUAAUGCAAUUUGUGUAUUUAUCAAGACAUAUCAUGACAAAUCAGAAGGUAUGACAAAAAUGAUACUGUUAAGGUCUAAACCUGGUCCACUGCUUAAGGUUUAUAGUCUUGAUGGACCUUCUGCCUAAGUUUAUAGUCUUGAUGGACCUUCUGUCAGAGAUAUUUUUAAGGGCAAGUAAAGCAGAGUUUUUUAGACUAUGUAAUUGGAUACACCUUUUGCGAUGCAUAUAUAUCUGCUCAGUCAUAACCUGUUAAGCUACUUUGUUUUCUUAGAAAAAAUCAUAGUCAAAAUGGGAUGAAUUGUCAUGAAUCACUCUCCAUUAUAAUGCAAUGGGAGUAUUGCAUACGGGUGAGAUCACUGCUGUAAAAAUGUAAGGUACUUGAAAGAGAUAAUCGGACCUGUGCACCAUUCUUUUGGGCUGAGAUCAUUUGCCAUGUAACCCAACCCUUAAGCAAACAAUCAUAUGGCCUUUCUCAGAAGAAACUCUAGUAAUUGCUUCAAAUUGCUUUCCAUUAUAGAAAAGAGGAAUUGUAGGACUUACCUCCUGAAAAUACCUUUGAUAGCUUUUCAUUUACAUGAAUGGUAGAUGCUGCAGGUCACAUGGAACCAGGCCUGGACUAAGGUUUUAAAGGAACAGUAACCAAAAAAUGAAAGUGUAUAAAAGUAACUAAAAUAUAAUGUGCUGCUGCCCUGCACUGGUAAAAGUUGCGUGUUUACUUCAGAAAGUCUACUAUAAUGUAUAUAAAUAAGCUGCUAUGUAGCCAUGAAGGCAGCCAUUCAAAGGAGAAAAGGCACAGGCACAUAGCAGAUAACAGAUAAAACACAUUUUUAUUUUUUGGUGUUACUGUUCCUUUAAGUAUUUCUUCUGAAGGUAUUCCAAUAGUUUUCCUUUAAGAAAAGCCACUAAGUCAUCCUGAUCCUGAAUCCGGUCACCUUACUGGUAUUGCUUUAAUUCAUUUGUUUUCCCACCGUCCCCCAGGACCUAGGGCUACUGUAGGUGUAUUUAUAAUGUUUUUUUUUUCCUGGCACUCGCUCUCAGGCAGUAGAGUGGCCAGGAAGGGGGAUUCUCUACAGCUAUAGAGGAAACAGACCCCAUGGUCUGGGUCCUCCCUGUCCCCUAAACCCACUACCACAGGGUGUGCCUCGUCUACAAUUACACCACUGGUUGCACUUUAAGCCCUCUGUGCACUGCAGCUCUCAGCUAAGCCAGCAUUAUGUUGUGUAGAUCUCCCCAUCUGGCACAAGUUUUGCUAUUACUAGGUAAGUAAAUGUGCCAAAUGUUAGAAAGGGACAUCUAGAGGCCCACUGUUAGUCACCUCUUCUCUAAUCUGUUCCAUGCAGCAGGCUUGUGAAAAAUGCUCUGUUAAAAUCAAUACAGCGCUAGAAUAGCAUUUUUCAUAUUCUAUACUUACCCACAUUCUAGAGAAGGGUCAAAAUAUAUUUAUGCAUUCUAACACUUUGUUGAGAGGAUAGGAAAGCACAUAUUGCAAAUCAUUAAUAUUGUGUUUCCAGCAGACAAAAAGUGUUGGUGUGUUUGUCAAAAUGCAUAAAAAUGUCAGCUCAUAUUUAAUUAGUUGAAAGGUUAACAUAGGGUAAUAGAAUGCAUAGUUUAUAUUCAGAAGAUUCACUUAGUGGACAAUCAUUCAGUCUAAAAACAGUAUACACAAAUUCCUCUUGCAUAUUACAGCCACUUAGAAAUGGAUUUUCCAAAGGUUGAUGUUACAAUCUCAGCUCUUUGCUGUAAUGUGAAUUUAAGGAAGCAUUAUAGUAGUGAAUGUUGUCAUUCAGUAGUGUUUUGUCAUGUUAAUGGCAUAUGAUUCUUUAAUGCCUACUAAUGUAUAUAGUUAAAUUCAAAUAAGUACAUUGUUUGCAUGCCCAUAAGUAAAACUGCUUAAAAUUGCUUAAUAUCAGUGGCAGUAUAAGAUAUAUCCAUAGUGUCCAGCACAGGAAUCUCCUGUAUCUGUAACCUUCUUUGAAACUGCAGAAGUAAUUUUGGAAUGUUUAGUACCUAUAACUGAGUGGGACAUCUGUUUGAUUAAACCAAUCAAAUAUAAUAAGGCUCAUUUAUGUCCACAGACACAGUUAGCAGCGUUACUUGCAACUCACUGUGUAGAAAAAUGCAAAGUGCCCACUGCACUUGCGGACGUAAAAUAUCUUCUAUUCCAGUCAUACUGUGACACCUACAGUGUUGUUGGGUUGCCACCUCACACAACUGAAGCAAAUAUUCCUAUAAUAUACAUGUUGCGUGCAGUGGCACAGACUGUAGGUAUGCAGGGUAAACCUUCACUGAUUUCUAGAAAGCUCUAAAGCAUGCAUAUUUUAUAGGUCUGCAGUUGUAAACAUUAGGUAAAUAACCCUGUAUGCAUAUGAAGCACUGUUAUGCCUCUUGGUUCCUGCCUUCCAAUCUGGAGAAUUGCUGAAUUAAAAAACUAAAUCAUUUAAAAACCACAAAUGAUAAAAAACGAAGACCAAUUGCAAAACUGUUUUAGAAUAGCACUCUCUACAAAACAGCCCCUUUAAUAUGCUUUACAUAUAGUGAGCCAUUAUGUGCUGUAUAUAUGUGCACUAGUAUAUGAUAUUGAAAAUGCUGUGUGCAAUAUGUGCCUUAUGUAAAUGAAACAGAAGGGAAGAGGCUUGAUAUAGUUAUCUGAAUGAUAACUUGUAUUACUGUGCCCAUUAGCUAAUAACGGUAACAUCCUUAGAUCAAUAAUCUUAAUUAUAGCAGCUGAGCCAAUAGUGAUACAAAAUGAAUUUCAUUAACUGUUAGUAGUCAGUAGGGACUUAAAGAUACAUAAGGGAAUAAGACAUUAAUGGAAUAACUAUGUCCAUUAUCCAAGUCUUUUGAAAUAAGCACAUAUUUCAUUAUUAUGAGUUGUUAUAGGAAUAAGUACAGGGCACAAUCAUAAUACAUUCUUGGAAAUGAUAAAUAGUUGUUCAGAAAGGGACAAAAGUCAAGUUAGCCAGAGCCUUUUUUUAUGUCAUUUUUCUGGUUUAAAAUAUUUUACACCAUUUGAUAGACUUGUCAUAAAGUGUCCCUAGAAUGUUUUUGUAAAUGUUGAUGGAAAGCACUGGAGUUUCUGACAUUAAGCACAACUGCCAGAUUUAUAGUCAGGGUCUGUCCUUGUACAACACAUAAUUCAGAUUUAGAAGCUAAAAUGGCCUAUGAUAUGUGGGAAGCGUGUCCAUAUCAUGUUUAAUUUGAGGUUCCUCCUGGAUAGUUUUCCAUGAGCUGCUUACAAAUGUGGCACAGAGCACAUGUUGCUUUGGGAGGAAUUACAAGCAGUUAAGCCAGGCUGUAAUAUUAAACUGGCUCAGGAAAAUUAUAAAUAACAUAAAUAACUAAACACUAGUUUUCUUGAACUAGGCAACUAGAUGAGCUGACUAGAAGUUUUUAAAGUUUUAAAUUCAAAAGUGUUAUAAUUUACUGCAUAACAAUAUAUUUUCCUAUAUACCCUUUAGAGUAAUUCCCACAGGUGACUGUGAGUGAAACAUUGCAGAGCCAAGUCUAGUAAAUCUAUAUAGUUGAUCUUUGGCUGUGCCAUAUCCUGUACCUUACAUCACUUCCUCACAAACAAAAUAAAAAAGGUGAAAAUGUUUGGAAGAAAUGAGUGGCUUUUUCAACUGUAGUUUUUUAUAUGCAGCUAAUUAAUACAGCGUCUAGCAAAGAAGCUGCAUCAAAGGCAUCAGUGUGACUAAAAACAGAGACAGAACAAAUACAUGAUAUAAGGCAAUUGAAUGUCAUAGUAUGUAGUCAUUCCUUGUGGUUUGUACUAAACUCUCAGUUUGAAUUUUUUUAAGACUUUAAACUACAAAGUGCUGAUUCUGACCAAGGUUCCAUGAAUCUGAACAAGAGGCAUUAGCUGUAAUGUGGCUAAAAAUAAGUCAGACAGGUCUAAUGGUAAAUGGCAAAAGUUACACAUUAGUUUGUAACCCAAUAACAUGUAUUACAUUAUAUUUACAGGCAGUACUUCAUUCUUCAGUCAGACCUAGGCAUUCUUACAUUUAGUUUCAGCAUCUAUGAUGCUACCACAUCUAUUACUUGUCUUUCUUACAGCUCAGUAGAAUGUUUUAGUAUCACCUUUCAGGCGUAUAAUUCACCAAUGUCCCUUUACUUUCCACUGUCAUUUUUCUUUUUUAAUUGCCAUCCUCAGCAAAUCAUUUUACAAAUUUGUCAUGUUAUGCUUUUCUUCCUAUUUGUGUAAAAUGAUUCUCAAUACUCCCUUAUCUUUUACUGAGCAGAUCUGCUGAUUCCCCAACAAAAUGAUACAGGUAUAGGAUUCAUUAUCUGGAAACCAAUUAUUCAGAAGGCUGCAAAUUAUAGGAAGGCCAUCUCCCAUACACUCCCUUUUAAGCUAAUAAUUCUAAAUUUGAAAUUUACUAAAAAUAACAGUACCAUGAUCUCAGCUAAGAUAUAUUUUUAUUGAAAGCAAACUAAUCCUAUUGAGUUUAUUUAAUGUAUAAAUGAUUUGUAGC